UAGGAGGCUUUCAUCCAUGUAUCGUGGGACGCUAAGAGGGAUUUCGAGUUGGAGAAGUGGAAAGGUGGUGAAGUAUAUGGGCCAGGCUCGUAGGAUGAUGGCGGAUCAUACCAGCCAGGAAAACCGAAGCGUUCAUUCAAGUAACAUCUCUGAAGUCCACAACGUCCCCAUGAGGGUGCUGAUCAGACCCAUCCCGUCUGUCCUGGAGGAGAGUAAGGUCCAGAGUCUGAUGGAAACCAUCCAGGAGGACGCAGACCUUGUGCCGCCCAUAGAUGUUCUCUGGAUCAACGGUCGUAAUGGAGGGGAUUAUUACUAUUCAUUUGGGGGAUGUCAUCGCUAUGCAGCUCACCAGAGGCUGAACAAAGAAACUAUAGCAGCCAAACUCAUCAAGUCUUCCGUCAGUGACUUGCGCACGUACCUUGGCUCCAGCACUCCAGAUCUCCUGUAAGAUGUCUACGGGCACUGACUUGACUUGAAAUAUGGGCUGAUCUGUAGCUUGAAGGACUCAGGUAGGAAGCACAGGUAUAAGGGGUCACUGAACCCCUUGGUAAAGUAUUCAAAGUGAGUCGCCAUUACCUGCAGCAUUCACUCUUGCUUUACUAUAAUUCUUUUCUCCAGCCUGUAGGGAAAACUCUGUCCUAUGUCCUAGAUGCUAUACGGAUCAGACUGCAGAAAAAAACAGCAAGAACAGAUUCACAAAUCAGUUUUCACCUCGUGGACAGUCUGAGGAAUAUUAUUUUGUAGAUUUCUUGGAUAGAGACAUAUUUUGGAAAUAUAUUUAAUGAAGAUGAAGAUAAUAGUUGUAUUGUACAACUUGAAUAUGUAAUAAAUAGAAUGUGAUAUUUAUUAAAU